AUGGAUGCUGACGAUGUUAUCCCUUUUGGCUCUUUGAAAUUAGGUUUUAUAAUCUUCGAACUCAGCGUUAGAAUUCGAUGGUGUCUUGGAAUUCUACAGCGUCUUGAAGAGCUGGAUCAUUUAGCUAAGAAGUUUCAUGUUAAAUGCGCCACUCAUGAAGCCUGGCUGGCAGGCAAACCAGAAGCACUGGCUUCUACCGACUACCUAGGUGCAAGCCUUACGGAGCUGCGUGCUAUGCGUAAGAAACAUGAAGCCUUUCUCUCCGAUCUGGGUGCGCACGAUGCUCGUGUUGACAGAAUCAUCGCCAUCGCCGAAGAACUUAAGUAG